CACUCAAAUACCGAACCACGACGCUUAGGGAGAUUUGGAAAGCCAAGAACCGGUUGGGUUAGAGACCAAACCGGUUGAAAUAAACAUAUGUUGGAGUCUGGAACGCGUUGAUGUCGUGGUACCCAAGCAGCUCAAAGUUGUCACAUAAAAUUGCUCUGUCAACAACAAACCACAAUAAUAAAAUCACAAUUUUUUCGUUCUGGGUUCUUUGGUUUCUUUCAAUUGCCGCAGCGCAUCUUCAUCACUUCUGUAAAUUUCACUCCUUUUUGCUCUAUCUGAAAUCGAAAGCUGCUAUCUUUCUCCGUUGGGGUUUUGAAUUAAAAUCUCCGAUUUCGGUUUCUCUAUCUAUUAUGCGAUCUCAGUUUUCUUCGUCUUGAUUCUUCGACAAUGAUAUUCUCCAAGCUCGGUUCCUCCAUCGCUCGUUCCUCUCGUUCCAAGGGAUUGGUGUACGGAGGUGGUGUGAGAUCGGCGAUUUUAAGCGAAGGGAGGCUUCGAGCGCCGCCGAAUCUAGAGGCGGCGGCUAAUCAGGUAAGCGGUGGAUUAGGGUUUCUGAGGCGGCACUUUGCUUCUUUAGCUGCUCGCAAGGGGCUUGAUGCUGGUGGUGAUUUAAGCCGCGUUUUCGCUAACCCUAGAUUGCGUCGGUUCUUUUCUAGCCAAACCCCAAAGAAGAAGAAUUUCGAGAACUACUAUCCAAAAGAUAGAAAGCAAGCACCCAAGAAUGAGCAGAAAUCCGAAUCCAGAGGUGAAGAGGGUUCGAAAAAAACCGAAAAUGAAAAUGUUGGGGACAUGUUCACGAUAGAAUUCCAAAAUAUGUUAAUUCCUCUGAUGGCCAUUGCUUUUAUCCUUUCUACUUUCUCGCUUGGUUCCCGAGACCAGCAACAGAUUAGUUUCCAGGAGUUCAAAAACAAGCUUCUUGAACCUGGUCUAGUGGAUCACAUAUAUGUUUCUAAUAAGUCAGUUGCGAAAGUAUAUGUGAGGAGUUCACCAAAAACCCAAACUGAAGAAGUUGUUCAAGGUCCUGGUAAUGGAGUUCCUGCUAAAGGACGUAGUGGUCAGUAUAAGUACUACUUUAAUAUUGGUAGUGUUGAAUCAUUUGAGGAGAAACUCGAGGAGGCCCAAGAAGCGAUAGGCGUCAAUUCGCAUGACUUUGUUCCUGUCACCUACGUCUCUGAAAUGAUAUGGUACCAGGAACUGUUGAGGUUUGCACCGACUUUACUUCUCUUAGGUACGCUAGUUUUCGGGGCAAGACGGAUGCAAGAUGGACUGGGAGGUGUAGGCGGACCUGGUGGGAAGGGUGGCCGUGGAAUUUUCAAUAUAGGGAAAGCUCAAAUAACUAGAGCAGAUAAAAAUUCCAAGAAUAAGAUAUAUUUUAAAGAUGUUGCGGGAUGCGAGGAGGCUAAACAAGAAAUUAUGGAAUUUGUGCAUUUCCUUCAAAACCCAAAGAAGUAUGAAGAGUUGGGAGCUAAAAUUCCAAAAGGUGCGCUUUUAGUUGGCCCACCAGGGACUGGAAAGACCCUUCUAGCAAAAGCUACUGCAGGGGAAUCAGCUGUGCCGUUUCUGUCUAUAUCUGGUUCAGAUUUCAUGGAAAUGUUUGUUGGUGUUGGACCUUCCAGAGUGAGAAACUUGUUUCAAGAGGCUAGACAAUGUGCACCUAGCAUUAUAUUUAUUGAUGAGAUCGAUGCAAUUGGCCGUGCGAGAGGACGUGGAGGUUUCUCAGGUGGAAAUGAUGAGCGUGAAAGCACACUUAAUCAGCUGCUAGUUGAAAUGGAUGGAUUUGGUACUACCGCUGGAGUUGUCGUCCUUGCUGGAACUAACAGGCCAGAUAUUCUUGAUAAAGCUUUAUUACGGCCUGGCCGGUUUGAUCGUCAGAUAACCAUAGAUAAACCUGAUAUUAAAGGCCGUGACCAGAUAUUCCAGAUAUACCUGAAGAAGAUCAAACUCGAUCACGAGCCCUCAUAUUACUCGCAGAGGCUUGCAGCUCUCACUCCCGGAUUUGCUGGAGCCGACAUUGCGAAUGUCUGUAAUGAGGCUGCUCUUAUUGCUGCCAGACAUGAAGGAGCAACAGUUACUAUGGCGCACUUUGACUCUGCAAUCGAUCGUGUUAUUGGAGGUCUGGAGAAGAAAAACCGGGUAAUAAGCAAACUGGAAAGGCGUACAGUUGCAUAUCAUGAAUCUGGCCACGCUGUUGCUGGGUGGUUCCUGGAACAUGCUGAACCAUUACUGAAAGUGACUAUUGUUCCUCGUGGCACAGCAGCACUCGGGUUUGCCCAGUACGUUCCAAAUGAAAACUUGCUCAUGACCAAAGAACAACUCUUCGACAUGACUUGCAUGACUCUCGGUGGCAGGGCAGCUGAACAGGUAUUGAUAGGAAGAAUAUCGACGGGGGCUCAGAACGAUCUUGAGAAGGUGACCAAGAUGACAUACGCGCAAGUGGCCGUGUACGGAUUCAGCGACAAGAUUGGAUUGCUUUCGUUCCCGCAACGGGAAGACGAGUUCUCAAAACCGUACAGCAACAGAACCGGUGCAAUGAUAGACGAAGAGGUCCGAGAAUGGGUUGGCAAAGCUUACAAGCGAACUGUUGAGCUGAUCGAGGAACACAAAGAGCAAGUGGCUCAGAUCGCUGAGCUCUUGCUAGAGAAGGAAGUUUUGCAUCAGGAUGAUCUCGCUAAAGUUUUGGGUGAGCGUCCGUUUAAGUCUGGUGAGACAACGAAUUACGACAGGUUUAAAUCUGGAUUUGAAGAGACGGAGAAGGAGAGCCAGAAGGAGUCUGUGACGGUGAAGCCUGUGGAGGAUGAUGGAGUUCCACCGCUUGAGCCACAGGUGGUUCCAACGUAGACGUUUUGGAGACACCCAAAGUUAAUACUACUACUCAUUGUAAAUUUAAUCCAAGCCAGCAAUAACGAAACACACGCUUCUGAAUCUUCCGUGACUGGAGGGAUUGUUCUUUCUGGAAAAGUAUCAAUUUUAUUUAGCUCUAUCAAUUUGCUCUGUUCAGAGAAUCAUCAACAUUGGAAUAUUCCAGUAAUGAAAAUGAUUACUCUGUUAAGUGUU